UAGGAUAGUGCUAUUAGCAGGAAAAUGGACUUACAACAGUUGGAAGAUGAGGCGCGUCAAGCUGCUCUGAAGGAUAUACAGAAUAUGCUGCAAAGGCCUGGGCAACUGGAAAAAGUGGAACAGUAUCGUCAUCGCAUUUCGCGCAAGAAAGCUUCGGUGGAGGCGUUGCUCAAGACUGGAAUGCAAAAUCAGUUGGAGGGCGUGCGUGUGGGGUUAAAGCAGCUGGAGACAUGCAUGCAGGAUGUGCGCGAGGUGCGUCGCCGUAUGGGCGAGGUGGAACGCCUGUUGCAGGGCGUGCCCGAAGUAUAUGACGCACUUGAAGUGGUGCGUGAGGAGAACACAAAGCACUCGCAAUACGCCACUGCCAUGGAGAAUUUAAAACAUAUAUUCAAUGUUGACGCCAGCGUCACGAAGACUAUGGCGCUCAUUGAUGAGGACAAGCUGUUGCAUGCGCAUCAGUGUUUGGCCGACUUGGAGAACUCGCGCGAUGAUUUACUCUACGAGCUGCAUAAACAGCCCAAACAGCAUGCCUCCGAUAAGAUAACGCUCAAGCGGCACUUUGAAAAGGUGGACACUGUCUCGCAGGCGUUGGAGAAAAAAAUACGCCUUAUACUCAGUCGCACGCUCAACACGGUGCGCAAAAAGCCAACGGUUAUAGUGACUGCUCUUCGUAUUAUAGAGCGCGAGGAGAAGAACGACCAGUUUGCCUUGCAGCAGCAGAAGGUGACAGGCUUUCUGCCGCCGGGUCGUCCAAAGGCUUGGCGUAAAAUGAUUAUGGAUGUGCUGCAUGCAGCGGUGGGCACACGCAUCGAAGGCUCCAAGCUGGAGGAGCGUGCAGACAAUAAGAUGUGGCUGGUGCGCGACUUAGAGAUACUGCGACAAAUCAUUCUAGAGGAUUUGCGUGUAGUUAAGUCACUUUGCGUGCCUUGCUUUCCGCCCCAUUAUGAUAUAUUCAACGAGUAUGUCAAGUUCUAUCACGAGGGUCUCUCCAGCCACUUGGAUAACAUAGUGCGGUCGGGCCUGGAGGGCAAUGAAUAUGUAUCCAUGCUGGCCUGGGUAACGCAUACAUACCCGGGCGCUGAGCUCAUGUCGCAUGCCGAUCUCAAUGUGGAUGUACAUAAGCUGGCGGGACCACUGCUGCGGCCAGAGCAUCUGAAAUCGCUGGAGAAUGAAUAUCUACAGAAUAUGCAGCGUAAUUAUCAGGAGUGGAUGACAAAAGCGGCGGAAACAGAGAAACAAGAAUGGUUCUCGGAAAUGCUGCCGGAACAGGAUGAGCAUUAUUAUCAUACCUCGGCGCCGGUUAUUAUCUUCCAAAUGAUUGAUCAGCAUCUGCAGGUGACCAAUACCAUUCACCAGGAGUUGACCUUCAAGGCGCUUGUUAUGAGCAUACAGCAAGUGGAAAUCUUUGGCCAAACGUAUCUAAAGAAUGUCAUUGAGCUCAAGGAGCAUCAUUUUCGCAAUCGUGAUCAGAUCAAGUACUUUACUCAUUACAUUAUAACCAUUGUGAACAACAGCCAGCAGAUGGUGGAGCUGGCGCAGCAGAUGAAACAACUCUAUUGGCCCAAAUCACGCACGGAUCAUUACGAGCACUUUGAGAAGCUGCUGUCGACAUUCCAGCGCAUACGCGCUCAUGCAGCCAACUAUUUGUUGGAGGAAGCCUUUCUAGAUAUGGAAUGCCAUUUUAACGACUUAUUUACAGUCAAAUGGCUGGCCAGCAGCAUUGCCGUGGACACCAUAUGUGUCACGCUGGAUGAUUAUUUCCAAGACUAUAAUCAUCUGAGUCCUGCCAACUUUGAAAUGGUCAUUAAUGAGGCACAAAAGCUGCUGGCCAAGCGCUACAUACGCGCACUGCUCUCCAAGCGUUUGUCCAAGCCGCGUGCCGAAUGCGAUGCGAUAACGCGCAAGAUCAACAAGGAGGCCAAACAUUUUAAGUUGUUCUUUGAGAAAAUUGCGCCCAAGAUGUCACUAAGUGAUUCACCAUUGGAUUUGAUAGCAACGCUCUCGGCAUUGCUAAGCUCCGAUAUAGAGCUGCUGGUGCUGGACUUGCAUACGCUGCUGGGCAGCUAUCCGUCGCUAAGCGAGGAUCAGCUAGUGCGUCUAUUUUACAUACGCAACGAUGUGAAGGCGGCAGAGGUGCGCGAGAAGGUGCAGGAUGCCAUGAAGUCGAAGAAGGCUAUGGUCAGCAUAGCCAAGCAGGAUUGCAUCUUCAAAGAAAUUGUUUUCAGCGACAAGCUCUGGUAGAACGAAGCACGGCCGCUGUCUCCCAUUCCCAUUCGCAUUCCCAUACCCAUAUCCAUUGCCAUUCCCAUUGUUCCGCAGGCCGGUCAGCUGUCUCAUGCUUUGGCGCGCUUUCGCUCAGAGCUUUAAUGCGGCUAAAGCUUUCAGCAUGUGCAUGUCUUGAGCAUAAGUAUGGAGGGGAGUUGGCGCUUGAGCACGUUUCCAUAUGUUUUCUCAGUUUUGUUUGUGUCUGUAUCAUCGUCAGACCGCCGCCUCAGCAGCAGCAGCAGCAGCAGCAGUAGUUGCCAAGUGCAAUUUUUUCAGUAUAUUUUAUUUAUGUUUUCAUAGUGUAGUGAACUUU